CGCGCGACCAGGUUGCAUCUCGCCUGAUGUGGUGCUUGCACCAUGUGUUUACCCGAUGCCAACGGCGCCGAGGAGGGCGGUCGGUCGUCCAACUCUGCAGUAGCCACUCUCGUGAUGGCGCAGCCUGCUGCAUCAUUGAUGGACCCACGCCAUUUCCUCUUUGGCCACCGCCUCGACACCCAGUACACAACACCAUGGACCUCCACUUCAUCUUGACGCCGCCGACGACGACAACGACCGCCGUCGAGAGUAAUGCCGUGCACAACAAGUACACGUUGGAAGGCUCGGGUAAUUCGUCGCCGACGAGCCCCGAAGGCCUCUACCCGUCCUACGAUCAGCACCACCAGCACCACCAGCACCAGCACCAGCAGGAAGUGUUUUCACCCGUCUUUCGCGCACCGACGCUGCCGCCGCUCUGCACCUUGCACCCGGAGCACGUUCGACCGUCCGAUAAGAACAUUCAGUGGUACCGCAGUGUCAUGGCGCGCACCAACCCGCUCGAGAGCAUGAUCCAAGGGCCCAUGAAGCGCCCGACGCCCGUCCAAACCGCACCCCGUGGCGGCGCGUGCAUCAUCCAAGGCUGCCGCAACAAGGCGGUGAGCCGCGGCAAGUGCAUCACGCACGGCGGUGGCUGCCGCUGUAAGUUUGAGGGCUGCGUCAACGGCGCCAAGAUGCGCGGGCUCUGCCACCUGCAUGGCGGGAAGCGGCAGUGCCAGCAAGACGGCUGCCAAAAAGAUGCCAAACUCAAGGGGCUCUGCUGGGCGCACGGUGGCCGCCGCCCCAAACCCACCAAGUAGUUGUCAUCGCCCAUCCUUAUAUUUAUAUCCAAUAUACGACCAUGUAAAGCUAAAGUCCAACGGGGUUGGCUUCUUCAACACGGUUUACACGACGUCUCUAUCA